AUGUUAGCUCGUUACGUCUGGAGGGCUAGUUUGAGACAUCAAACGAGGAAACAUCUCAUUCAAUCACUAAAAUACAGCACCGGAGACAAAUCCGAAAAACCAAAGAACAUCUCGCAGAAGCCCAAAUCGAAAGCCUAUGUCAACCCACCCGGGAGCCCAACAUACAAAGUUGGUGACGUCAGACGUUACUCGCCCUUCCAUUAUAAGGGACAGGGUAAAGUCGAGUGGGUAGUGGCGCGUCUAGACGACAUUCUGAACUGGAGCCGAAAAGGGUCUCUCUGGCCUUUGACUUUUGGGCUGGCCUGCUGCGCUUUGGAGAUGAUGCACUACGCGGGACCGCGAUAUGACAUGGAUCGCUACGGCAUGGUCUUCCGUGGCACACCGCGACAGACUGACGUCAUCAUCGUGGCGGGAACUGUCACCAACAAGAUGGCGCCGGUUCUGCGCAAGACCUACGACCAUAUGCCGGAUCCCCGCUUCGUCGUGUCCAUGGGCAGUUGCGCUAACGGCGGCGGAUAUUAUCACUACACGUACUCGACAGUUCGGGGUUGCGAUAGGAUAAUACCAGUCGAUAUCUAUGUGCCAGGUUGCCCGCCGACAGCUGAAGCUCUCUUAUACGGAAUGCUACUUCUGGCUAAGAAGGUGAAACGCAUGCGCAUGUGCCAAACAUGGUACAGACAUUAG